CACAGAUCCAGCCACAGAUGCUGCAUGCUGUGACAGUGUGAGUGUGACUAGUGAGUUCCUUUGCUUUUCACAGUUUUAAGGUAAAUGAUCAGUUUUUCUUAUCAAGGACUUAAGCUUGGAUACCAACAACAAUUUUGUAAACAGAAGAAAGUGGUGACUUUAUACAGAUUAUUUUCGUCUCAUUCAUUCUGUUUAAUUAUGGGAAAAGAUGGUGAAACCUCCAAGAGAUCGCAUGAGGGUCAAGACGAUGGUGAAAAGGGAUCUGUUAAAAAGGUGAAGAAAGAAGAAAAUGAAGCCGAACCCCAAGACCUUCAGGCCAAGGUGGCCAACCUGCGUAAGGGCGGGAGCUCAAUCUUAAACUUCAAGUUCAAUAAGAAGAGGGUGAGGAUACUGUCUGAUACGAUGGACACUGCUGAUGACAAUCAAGGCAUUGUUUACUGGAUGAGUAGAGAUCAGAGAGUCCAAGAUAACUGGGCUCUGUUGUUUGCUCAACGUCUUGCGAUGAAGCAGGAGGUCCCUCUUCAUGUUUGUUUCUGUCUUGUUCCCAAGUUCCUUGAUGGCACCAUCAGACAUUACAACUUUCUUCUUGAAGGUCUCAAAGAAGUCUCUCAGGAGCUCCACCAGUUGGACAUUCCGUUCCAUCUCCUGACGGGGUACGCUAAAGAUGUCCUUCCGGGAUUCGUCAAAGGUCAUGGGUUGGGAGCCGUGGUUACAGACUUCUCUCCUCUCAGGACACCCAGGCAAUGGGUCAACGAUGUCAAGGAAGAGCUUCCGAAGAAUAUUGCAUUCUGUCAGGUUGAUGCACACAAUGUAGUUCCUUGUUGGGAAGCAUCCGAGAAACUAGAGUAUGGCGCCCGAACAAUCCGUCCAAAGAUCACCAAACAUUUGACGACAUACCUCACUGAGUUCCCUCCAGUCGUCUGUCAUCCCUUCAAGGUCAAGACCAAAGCAGAGCCCAUAGACUGGGAAGCAGCCUAUGCUAGCCUUGAUGUAGACCAGACCGUUAAACCAGUAGACUGGGCAAAACCUGGGACAUCGGAGGGUAUGAAGAUGCUGGAUUCUUUCACCAAAGAGAGGUUGCGAUACUUCAGUAGCGCUAGGAAUGAUCCGACAAAGAACGUCUGUAGUAACCUCUCUCCUUGGAUCCAUUUUGGCCAAUUGUCAAGCCAGCGUGCUGCCCUCAUUGUCCGUCUGUACAGAAGUCGCUAUAGUGAGUCCGUUGCUAGCUAUUUGGAGGAGUCUAUCGUCAGGAGGGAACUAUCCGACAAUUUCUGCUUCUACAAUGACAAUUAUGAUUCUAUAGAAGGAACAAAUGAGUGGGCCAAGAAGACUUUGAAGGACCAUGCAAAGGACAAGAGAGAGUAUGUAUACAGUAGAGACAUACUGGAAAGGGCUAAGACUCAUGAUCAGCUUUGGAACAGUGCACAGAAGCAAAUGGUCCGGGAGGGUAAGAUGCAUGGUUUCCUUCGUAUGUACUGGGCCAAGAAGAUCCUGGAGUGGACCGCAUCACCGGAGGAAGCUUUGGAGAUUGCCAUCUACCUCAACGAUCGCUACUCAUUGGACGGCCGCGACCCCAACGGUUAUGUAGGUUGCAUGUGGUCUAUCUGUGGCAUCCACGACCAAGGUUGGGGCGAGCGGCCCGUCUUUGGAAAGAUUCGUUUCAUGAACUUCAAAGGAUGCAAGCGCAAGUUUGAUGUGGAUACUUUCAUCAACCGCUACAAGAAGUAUAGCCUCUGAAAAGCUUUGGUAAAAUUGUCAUUUCGCUGUAGAAGAUCUAUAAGAUGCUCUUCUGGAAACAAAUGAAUUUCUGUAGAUGUUGGGCCCUUUGCAGUAAGAGUUGC